AUGUCUAUACCUUGGAUCAGUGAGGAGCAUCUCUCAACCAAAUCAAGGGAAUCUCAGGACCUCCUCCUGUCUAUAUAUACGAGAGCAUGUUCAAAGAUGGAUUAUUUGAAUGCAAACCGGGACCCAGAUAUAAUUAUACGGCGUAGUAAGUCCCUUGUAAUAACAACCAAACAUCUCGUUCGUCCAUCUCUUGAUGGGAAAGACGUCACUCUUAUGAAACCGCAGUUUGAUGGUAUACGCCUCUCUGCUCCUCGAGGGCAUACGAUAGCGAUGUCCUAUGACAACGCCCCAGGACCAGCACUGCUGGAUAAACAACAUCUUCGUGGCCUUUUCCCAGCAGCCAACCUCAGUGCGGUUCUGGAGAAUCGGCCGGCCCAGGGAGUUCGUUGGAGUUACGGAGUACAUGUCCUACAAGCUCCUUUCAUACGUUGA